UUGGCAUCCUUGAUGAGACUGGGCUGCCAAAUGCCUUUGGCUUCUGGUCAGUGUGACUGUGGGAAAGAAUUAGACUCAGAUGGAUACCACCUAAUAACAUGUAAGACUGGGGGCGGCCCGGUAAUCAGCCAUAACAACAUGGUUUCAGCAUGGUCAGACUGUUUGAGUCAACUGCAAUUACAUCACGUAAAAGAACCCAGAGGAAGGUAUGUCAAUUCUGAAGACAGAUCAGACAUAGUCGUGUUUGAUUCGGCAUCGGGGGUGGAUCUUGAAUUGGAUAUUGCUCUAGCACAUCCCUUGAGCAAUGAAAUAGAAGGUUUAUCAGCUACAACUCAGAGAGCAGCGGCAACCAGAAGAGAAAAUCUGAAGAUCAAAAAGUACGACCAGGAGCUCUUGCCUGGAGGUUUUCGACCAACAUUUGUGCCUAUAGUCUUCAAACAUUUUGGCUGUUGGGGAGAGAAAGCUGAAGACUAUUUGAAGAAACUGUCACAGCUAUCAAGAAAUGAAGACAGAAAGCCAAAUGCAUCAACCUUCAAGACAUACUGGAGAUCUGUGUUUUCUGUGUGUCUACAACGAUCAAAUGCUAGAGUGAUUGACAGAAAAAUAAAGAAGAUUGUUUCAAGAGACAGCCACAUAAACAUAAAUAGUUGUAGGUAGAACCAAGCGCUAUUGGCUUGGUAAUUUAGUGUUUAGAUGGUGUAUAAUAGUUCAAUGUUUGAAAAUAUAUGUAUUGACAGACAGACAGACAGACAGACAGACAGACACACUGAUAGACAGACAGACACAGAGACAGACAGACAGACAAACAGAUGUAGACAACAAAUCUGAGAGGCUGUAACUAUACUGUCAUUCU